AUGAUCGGUUCUUGGGAUACUUUUAGAGGAAACAAGAGUACUCCAACUAAAAUGCAACCUCAGGAAUCUCCCGAAUUACGCAAAAAUCUUCUUUUCUAUAAGUUUUACCAUCAUAAUGCUGUAAAUGUGGGCAUCCACUCCCUAUUCGUACCAACCAUACUCAUCAGUUCAUGCUGCAUCUUGAAUAGGGUAGAGCUAUACCAUGGAAUUACGAUUACCAAUGUGUUUACUUUUCUAUACACUCUAUUUUAUAUGAAAUUAUAUUUACCCACUGGUUUGCUUGCCGGAUUUUUGUUUCUUCUAAUCAAUAUGGCCCUUAAAAAUCAUUGGAUUAACACAUCCUUAAAAUUGGAACUGGCUCUGUUUUUAUUCGGUUGGAUUGCUCAAUUUAUUGGACAUGGUGUCUUUGAAAGGAAGAAACCUGCCGUGUUUGAUAACUUAGUACAAAGUUUAGUGUUGGCGCCAUAUUUUAUCCUAUUUGAGUUAUUAUUCAAAUUGGGAUUUUAUAAGGAAUUAACUGCGAAACUGGAAACCGAAUUGAAGCAAUUGAAAAUUACUAAAAUUACUUAA